UGUAAAACAAAAUAAAAAUAAAAAUCCUAAAUUCUAUUUACAUCGAAUUCAAAAUCUCCAUAAGGCAAAACCCAAAACCUUUCUCUGCCCUCUAUUUGCUGCUGAACUUCGCGCUGUCUUCUUCAUCAGCUUCUACAGGUGUGAGGAUAGGUGCAAUAGCAAACUGAAAAAGUAACUAACUCUCCAAGAUGUCAAAUGGGGGCCCGGGUCUUGAGUCUCUUGUAGAUCAGACAAUAUCAGUCAUUACUAAUGAUGGACGAAAUAUAGUGGGAAUCCUGAAAGGUUUUGACCAGGCAACAAAUAUAAUUCUCGAUGAGUCCCAUGAAAGAGUUUAUUCUACUAAGGAAGGUGUUCAACAACUUGUUCUUGGUUUGUACAUCAUUAGGGGUGACAACAUAAGUGUUGUUGGUGAACUAGAUGAAGAUCUGGAUUCUAAUCUGGAUUUGUCAAAACUUAGAGCUCAUCCCUUAAAACCUGUUGUCCAUUGAGGUGAAAUGCAAUGUAUUGGUUGUUAAUGGAUGCAUGCCUGUUUGUUGGAAAAGGUUUGAAAGUUGCUACAUAAUUAGGACAGUAAGCUAUGAAACGAUGUGUAAGAAAAAAAAACAGCAUAACGUUACUAAAUACUAAAAUAUUCAGACAACAUAAUAUUACUAAAUAUUAUGAUUUUGCUUCUUGAUGUUUAGCAUGUAAGUGUUGUUAAACGAAUGAAUGC